UGGCUGACGAUGGAUCUUCCGAUUGAGGAUGGUUGGGACCUCAUUUGUGAUUCAACACCAGUGCAGCUGAUGCAACCCACACCCAAGACAUGUCCACUGAGUCGGCCGGAUUUUUCAGUCCAACCUCGACUCCAAGCUAGAUGGCAGGUUUCUCCGGUUCCCGUCAUAGGGGUGCCCAGAACAACUCAGGUAGGUCCCAGGUUGACCGUGGCUGGACUCUUAGAUUCCGAGCCUAAAGCAGCACCAGCGUAUCAACCAAUUCGCAGUACGCUGUCUCACCAUGUUUCAUGUGUUGGUUCCCCAUACCUCAGAACCAACCGCACAGAGUAUCACCCAGACAGUCUGACCAUGCGUGCACAGCCGUCCAUGUUGUCAGAACCUUUGGAACCCAAGAUGGUUGUCCCUGCAUUGUGCCCCAGUACAGAAAAGGCGUUGCCUCGCCCUCCAGUGAAUAAGGGUCGGACAGCAGUUGCUCAGCCCCAGCUGGUACGGAGCUCAACGUCGAUUCAAUUGACUAGAUCGAAACUGGCCAGUGACAAUGCUUUUUUGGUUGAACUGUUCACCACUUUAUUGCAACUUUUUGGCAAUUCAUCUGCAGUGUAUACGUCCUUGAAUUCCUCACCCUACGCUGAUGAACAUCGCAAGAGACUUCUGAACAAUUAUGCUGCCACUACGUCGUUUCGAUAUUUACAAGCGGUCCAGAAGUUUGCACGGGUCACUGCACAACUUGGCCUGGACAUGCAUACCCUGUCAGAAUCUCAGCUUGCAGAUGUAUUGACAGUCAUGCGAUUAUCGAAGUCAUGUGAGACUGACAGAGACGUUUGUUCAGGAAAUUUCACAAUCAAAGCACUGCGUUGGUGGCAUAAAAUUGCAGGAGUUUCCCACUUGAUGAUUUGUUUUUCUCCUCUGGUGGACAGUUUCUUGAAAACAAAGCUGAGUAAAGACCGUCGAGAAGCACCUCCUCUGCCCCUGUGGGUGAUUUUUCGGUGGGAGCGUAGGAUCCUACAAGGGGCCUCCACUACAUACGAAGUGAUGAUGCUUGGAGCCUUUCUUUUGAUAACCUGGGCAGGUCUUCGUUUCGCUGAUGCACAGCGUUUGAACAUUGAUUCAUUGGUCUUCAAUUUUCAGGAACUCCGUGGCUUGGUAUGGCGAUCCAAGACAAUGGCUGCAGGACACCCCUUCGGUGCACAAGCGGCAGGACUUUGCAGCAAAGGGACAUACACAUGGUUAUUUAAGUUUUUGCAGACUUGGGACCAGGUGAUGACAUCACUACAAUUACAACGAUCCAAGGUGGAUUUCUUGAUCCCAUCCAUGGAGCCAGAUGGAACUUUUCAGGUUUUCGAGCCACUGAACUACGCGGAGACCACACGCAUUUUUCGUGCGAUGCUGUUGACCCCAUGGAAGAAGUUUCAGGAUCAACAUCCACUGGCUCAUUUACAACAAACAUAUACUCUCCACUCCAUGAAAGCCACUCUUUUGAGUUUUGGCCCGCAAUUGGGAUCCCUGGUCAGCGACUCAGACCGAUUACUGCAGGGUCACCACCAAGACCCCAAGCAUUCAUUGAAUUUGUAUGGAAGAGACAGCGUUUGGGGCUCCUUACGAUAUCAAUCGACGAUCAUUAUGGAGAUACAGAAAGGCUGGCGUCCCAAGACAGCCCAACACAGGGGAGGACAAUUUCCUCUGACAGAACCGACUGUUGAACAACUGGACUCCGAUACUGAGUCCUCCAGCGAUAGCAGCCAGGGCGAUAGUUCCAGUUCAGAAGAGUUGGAGCCAAACGCAAACAAAAAAGCUUUGGUGCCAGACCCCUGUCAGGCCGAUGAAGCAAAAAUGCCCAAGUUGGAAGUGGCCACAUUGCAUCAUUUGCUGGUGGACGAAGCAGUUUCACUGGACCAGACUCCUAAGGAGUCCAACCUGGAGGAACAGCCAUUGGAGGACAAUGAAGAACCACCAUUAUCAGCGCACCUUACAAAUUGGCAAAGUGCAGAGGAUGACAUUGCCCUCACCCGUGAACUGGUUCAACAAGAGAUCGACAAAGGAGACCAUAUGGCAUUUUCACUGGACAUUAAGGCACUGCAUUGCCACUUGGCGGUCGUUUGCUAG